AUGGCUCCAAUCCAAGUUUCGGCCCAUCAUCACCGAAGCACCACAAAAGUCGAUCACAAGCCCUACAAAUCCCGGUUCGCCUCCAAGGGCGCUUUGAAGGACAAGGCAAAGGGAAAAGUCGAGACGCAAAGAUCGGACAAAGGCAGCAGGAAAACACCUCACCAGCAAGUCAUGUCUAAACUUGCACGACGAAAUCAAGCCAAGCAAUACCGCAUGCAAAAGAAGGAAAAGCGAGAGAACGACGAAAACAUAUUCCUCGGAGUUGAUGGUGCAGCCAAACAUGUUGCCGUUGUUCCUUUGUCCAAAGACAUCGAUAUCAACUCCGUCAUAAACAGUUUGAACGAGAGCGUCGACGUGUCCAACUCCGAUCCUUCCAAUGGCAUAGUGCCGGCCCGAAUCGAACGCUUCCGCCGAAACCUGCUCUACCUUCCUGCCAAAUUCGACAUCUUGAACGCCUUGGACGUCUGCAAAUUGGCUGACUGGGUUGUUUUUGUUCUUGACGCGGAGCAGCAAUAUGGCCAAGAAGAGGAUACUUUUCUCAGAGCACUUGAGGGACAAGGCAUUACAAAUGUCACUGCAGUCGUAAAGGAUGCCGAGGUCAAGAUUCCUCUUGCUAAGAGAUCUCGCCAUCUCACGGACAUGAAGAUAGCUCUUGGACAUUGGUUCCCAAACCUGGACAAGAUAUCCAGUCUCGACAGCAAAUCGGACUGUUCGAAUCUGAUCCGGAGCAUCUGCACCGCCUCCACGAAAGGAAUCCGGUGGCGAGAUGACAGGAGCUGGAUGUUUAUUGAAAACGUAAACUGGGCACAACAAGUCGAGGGAGCAAGUGUGGGCAAUGUGACACUUAGCGGUACGGUGCGUGGCAAGUCCUUGAACGUCGAUCGUUUGGUGCAUGUUCCGGGAUGGGGAGAUUUCCAGAUAAACAACAUAAAACAGCAACCAGGCCAAGGACAGAAACGGAAAGCUGAUGAGAUGGAUGUGAAUGAACCCGUGAAAGAGUGGAAACCUACUGACGACCAGGACGAUCUGGCGGAAUUGGCACCGGAAGAGGCUGAAAUGCGAGAUGUUGCAAGCACCGUGGCCACGAAUGAUCACAAGGGUGUUCUGCUCGAUGAUCAUCAUUAUUUCUCCGACGAUAAUUCACACAUCCCUGCAACACCAAAGAGGUUGCCCAAAGGAACAUCCGACUACCAGGCAGCAUGGUAUCUCGAAGAUGUAUCGGAUUCAGACUCGGACAUUCUUGAUGAAGACCUUGAAGGAGACAUUUCCAUGGACACCGAAGUUCUAGGUCCAGAAGAUGGAGUCGUCACAAGAGCUGCCGAUACCAUGACGGAAGUUGGUAUGUCAGAGUAUCCCGAGUCGGAGAUGCACGUCGAUGCGGACGAAGAGGAAGAAGCCCGACAAUUAGAAGCAUACCGCGCAAACAGAAAGAAAGAGGCCGAAGACGAUCUCGAAUUCCCCGACGAAAUCGAGCUGCAUCCAGAUGUGUCGGCUCAAGAAAGACUCGCGAAAUACCGAGGAUUGAAGAGUUUGAGGACAAGUGAAUGGAACCACACGGAAGACCUCCCAUAUCAACCACUCGACUACAGCCGCCUUCUCCAGAUCGCCGACUACAAGAAAUCCCGAAGUGCAGCCAUCAAGGAAUCAUUCGGCGGGGGUGUUCUCGCAGGCACGAAAGUCGAGAUCGAGCUGCGCAAUGUACCCCUUUCUCUAGCGAGCUCACCCACUCCAGCUUCACUGUUCUCCCUCCUCCGCCAUGAACACAAACACGCAGUCAUCAACCUCAACCUCACCCUUAACUCCGAUUUCGAUGCUCCACUCAAAUCCAAAGACGAAAUUGUGGUUCAAAUCGGCCACAGAAGGCUGAUCAUCAACCCGAUCCUCUCGGCAUCCGGACAGACACCCAACGACGUCCACAAAUUCGACCGCUUCCUCCAUCCAGGUUGGACCGCAAUGGCGACCUUCAUCGGCCCGCUGACAUGGGGCUCUGUGCCCGUGCUCGUCUUCCGGAAACAACCAACAUCAACCUCCGAAGACAACGCACCAACCCUCAUCGACACCACCACCACCACGGCAGACUCCACUCCCUCAACAUCAACCCUCUCCAACCUGCAAUUCAUCGGCACGGCCACGACAACAACCCCGUCGUCCAACCGCGUCAUCGCCAAACGCAUCGUGCUGACGGGCGCGCCAUUCAAGAUCCACAAGAAACUCGUGACGGUGCGAUACAUGUUCUUCAGCCGCGAGGACGUGCAGUGGUUCGCUGCGCUGCCCUUGUGGACGAAGCGCGGCAGACAGGGGUUCAUCAAGGAGCCGCUCGGCACGCACGGGUAUUUCAAGGCGACGUUUGAUGGUAAGAUUAAUCCCAUGGAUGCCAUCGGUGUCAGUCUUUAUAAGCGGGUUUGGCCGAGGGUGUGUAGAGUUUUUGAGGGGUGA